CAAGUUCCAAUUGUCAACAAACAACAUAACCUCUCAAUAAUUGUAAUUUGUAUUUUUAGUGAGAAUUUUUGUUAUUUUUGUGUUGUUAGCUCAUAUUUGCGUUGUUUUUUAAGGCAAAAUUAUGUGUACAAACUACAGAAGAAUAUAGGUAACUACGAAAGUAAACUAAAAAAAUAUUGGUUGCAACUAAUAUUUUGCAAACUUUGAGUGCAAUCCUCCGUUUAAACAUUAAUAAUGGGUGUAACUGUAUUACAACAGUACCCAGUGCCGGAAAAUAAAACCGGUACUUACGUUAUCGAAUUGAUAACUAAACGACUAUUAGCAUUAGGAGCAACUCAACAGGGACAAUUUCUUGUAGACUGCGAGAGCUAUCUAUCUCAUCCUACUAUGGGAUCAACAAAAACAGUGCACAUUUUACACAAUUCUGAACAACCAGCGUCAGUUUUUUCCAUUCUGGAAAGUGGUACAAAGAAUAUACAUGUCAUAGCUGAUGGUUUAUUUGAUUUGCUGAUGAUGAAGCUCUCUGUUCACUAUACAUCUAAGAAACAGACUAAAAUCGAGAGCAAGGGUCCUCGCUUUGAGUUAAGCGACUUUUGUGUGAAACUUGGAUCUGUGACAAUGAAUCAGAAUUUUAAAGGGAUUCUUAUAGAGGUGGAAUACAGACCAUGUGUAAUGGCGAACGCAGUGUGGGGUCUCCUACGAGAGUUCUUACAAGGUCUCCUGGGCCCCACGAUACCAGUGCAACCUCCACAGCACUUGUUAAGUCGAAUGAACGAGAUAUACACACCAAUAGAUACUAUAUACCAGUAUUUGGAACAUUUUAGUGCGUAUAGAAAAGUAACGGGGAUGAGAAGUGCUUAGAUUAAGUUGUAAGAAUAAAUUUGUAUGUAAGAA